AUGGGUGCGGCAAACCAAACUACAGUGACAGAGUUCAUCUUUCUCGGGUUUUCUGGUGUUUUCUCUCUGCAACUCACACUGUUUGUGAUGUUUCUCAUCAUAUACCUACUCUCCCUCACGGGAAACACCCUCAUCAUUUUCAUUGUCCUGAUGGAUGUUACACUUCAGACGCCCAUGUAUAUUUUCUUGGGAAAUCUAUCCUUUUUAGAGAUUUGGUACACCACUGCCACAGUGCCUAAAUUGCUAGCCAUCUGUCUCUCUCAGUGGGUCACCAUCUCUGUUUCAGGCUGUAUCACCCAGUACUACUUCUUCUUCUCCAUGGGGGCUACUGAGUGCAUCCUGCUGGCAGUGAUGGCCUAUGACCGCUACCUGGCCAUCUGCAACCCUCUGCGCUACCCACUUCUCAUGAGUCUCCUUGUGUGUCUGCGCUUUUCAGCUGGAUCUUGGAUUGGGGGCUUCAUUGCUCCUGUCCCCCCUACCAUACUCAUCUCUUAUCUCAACUUCUGUGGUCCCCAGAAGAUCAAUCACUUCUUUUGUGACUCAGAUCCCAUUUUUAAACUCUCCUGCUCAGAUACAUUCUUGGUGGAGGCUUUGGGUUACACAUGCACUUCCAUUGUUAUUCUGAGUUCCUUCCUUCUCACCAUGUCUUCUUAUGGAUACAUUAUUGUCACAAUAAUUAGACUUUCUUCCCUGGAGGCUAAGAAAAAGGCCUUCUCCACCUGUGCCUCCCACUUGACUGUGGUCACUAUCUAUUAUGGCACCAUCAUCUUCGCCUAUGUUCAUCCUCCAGCCAAGUACAACUUCACUGUUGGCAAGGUGAUCUCUGUGUUCUACUGUGUGGUCACCCCACUUGUAAAUCCUCUUGUAUACACCCUAAGAAACAAGGAUGUAAAGAAAGCUUUCAGGAAGGUGCUAGCACAAAAGAGACUGCUCUUGACUAGGAACAUGCAGGAAGUUUGA